AUGGCCGAAAAUGCGGAAGUAUCUACUCCACCUCGGGCUCCCAGCAAUGGCUCAAAGGAGUUGAUGGCAGCCCUGAGUCCAGAUGGAAGCACGCAACCGGGAUCUACGCUGGCAGCGCCUCUGUUCCAUGCUCCACAAGUACAGGGGCUGCAGAUGAUACAGUUGAACCCCGCGGGAUCAAACCGGCGCUCCUCGUUUCCGUCGACCACUUACAACUUCCCAAGUGCGAAGUCAGCUGCAGCUCCAACUGGCGGCAUUGCCAGGCAGAUUCCAUGUGCAACAUCACCGCUCCCUGCUUGCAACUCAAACUUGCUGGCAGUGCCAGAGACGAACGCACUAUCGGCAAGUCCUGGCCAUCAACAGGUAGCCGCAAUUACAAGUCCGAGAUGCUCCACAAAGCCAAUCUUUUCUCCUCCACAGUCGACACAGGCUCUAUUCAGUCCAUCAACAUCUAUGAAUUUGGCCUCCACGGGCCUGUAUUCGCAGGUCACCGCGCUCACAUUGUCCCCAAUGCCAUCAAGGUCCUUGUUCCGGUCACAAGCCGAGGUCUCCAGUCCAAGCCAACUGAGCUCGCAGUUGUGGACACCAUGGCCCAGCAUUUCAGCUGAUGAGGGAAUGCAGGCAAGCCCAGCGUUCCGGGCGCCGCGGGCAUCACCGGCUCCGCCUGCACCACUGCCAGAGGUUGGUCUUCAAAUGCCGCUUCCGGAGCCUGCAGGGGACCUGCUGAUGCAGGCUGAGUUCAACAUGGAGCUACCGCAAGCACCCGGAAGGCUGACUGCAGGCCUGGCAGACCCUGACACAGUUGAGAGAUGCCGUGAUCAGUAUGCGCAAAAGCUGGAUGGACAGCUGAGCGAAGCGACCAGGAAGCUGGAGCAGGCCAACGCAGACAGGAAGGCGCAGCUGCGGCGGGAGUUCCAUCGAAAGUGCCAACAGUAUGCAGAUGAGGUGGAUAAUCUUCUUCUCGAGCAAGCACGAGUUGUAGUGGAGGAGCAUCAUGAUAGGCUGAUAGAACUGCAGCAGGAAGCCGAGCGUCAAAGGCAGCGCUUGGAAUAUGAGUCGCGGGACUUGCUGCGGGAGUCGCGCCGGUAUCACCAAUUCAAGGCUGAAGCUAGACGUCUUCUUGGCUCCAUGCUUCCAUCUUCUGGCAUCGAAGGACGCAGCACACUUCUGAGAGAUCAAGACCCGCCAAGCCUUCUCCAAUCUCUUCAGCCAAUUCAACUGCCAUGCCAACCCGAUCUGCGAGAGCUUCUUGCGGCCAUGCGACCCGCACCGCCGCCACCCCCGCCCCCACCACGUUGCAUGGUGCCUCAAGGCACCAGCCCGCUUCAGAGCCCAGCGGUCCCCAGCCCAGCUAUCCCCAGUGUGGCUUUGCCAACAAUGGCUCUCAGCCCCGGUGUGCUGAGUCCGGCUCCCAGAUCUCUGCCCAGCCCCUCCCAUGAUAUCCCAGCGUUUGCGCUGUCAAGCCCGGUGUCCGCGCAGAGCGGUCAAGCCUCGCAAUGCGCUCCCAGGCUUGAAUUGGUCAACCGCAGCAUCCAGACCGUGGCAAGCCCAGCUUGCUCGGCGGCAGCUUGCUCGGGUUUUGAGAGGUGGACGCCCCCGCAGACGCCGCAGCCACAUCUGCCAAUGUCCUGCUCGGCAGGGCCACGGCCGAUGGCAUCCCAGUCACCACUGGUUCUCCAGCGGCCUCCAUCAAAUGGCAAUCGCCUCCCCCGCGGUAUCAGUGAGCAACUUCCUCCCUUGCUCAGCCACACAUCAGGAGACCGCUUGCUCGAUGCACAGAGUCCAGGAAACCCGACAAAUGCUUAUCCAGUGGAGCAGUUGACCACAAUUUAA